AGUUUCCUGUGAUUUUUCAGAUGAAUGUGAACAUCGAGCGCAUUUAGCAGCAGCAUUUAUGUGUAUUAACUAUUCAAUUUGAUGUGAAACCUAUCAACAUUUCAAAUGAUCAGUGGUGAUGAAAUUAUCUCUGCAUUAAUUUUUGAUGGCAAAUAAUGAUGGAUUUUCCAAUUUGCAGUUUCAUCAAGCAUUUAUGAUUUGAAGCUUAGUCUGGAUUCUGACCUUUAAAAACGACCUCUACAAACAUUGAAGCAGAAAUAAAAAUAACUUUGAUUUUUUUUCUUCUUGGGGGCUUUCAUCCCACACUUCAUUGGGAAUCUUUUAUCAGGACAAGGACAAGAUCCUAUGACAUUUGCCACCACGUGUGGUUGUAUUGAAGCUUUCCUUUUUUGACACUCCUGAACUUACUGUAGGAAAACCACUAUUUGUGCAAACUCUUUGAAGAAUUUAUUUUUGAAAGAAUUCAAGAUGGUCAUAGAGUAUCGAAAGAAACCAGGGCCUCCUCGUCCUCAUAAACGCUCUCGGGAUCUGCCCAAAGUUAGGCAAGUCAAAAGACCUCUCAGUCGAGACAAUGAUGAUGAAGCUGAAGAAAGACUAAAGAGAGGAUGUGAGAGCUUCUUUGCCAUGAAGGGCGCCGCCAUGGUUCUCCCACACUCCAAAGAUUCCAAAAGGCCCAUCAAGAAACACCCAGGUUCGGCCCACCCUUCCACAAGUCAUCCCGCUGUCCCUGUCGACCUAGACCUCAUCCCCUCCGGGCCCCCGCUGCCAGAAGCUCUGGUUGGUGAACUUCAGCUUCAUCUACAAUGUAUAUUCUGGAUCCUGAGACCGGAGGACACCAUAAAAAUGGCUGUAAGGCUGGAGUCCUCUUCAGACAACUUCAUCCGUUACAUGGUCCUGGUGUCCUGCUUGGACACCCAUCAGAACACCGAGGAGACCAUCAUCCUUGGCGUGGACAUCAUCCAGGACAAGGCUACCAUUGGAUUGGUUCUACCCAUCUGGGCCGAUAGCAUCAUCCACAUGGGUGGGGAUGGUGGCUUCUCGGUGACGACAGGAGAGAAGAUCAACGUCUUCAAGCCGGUGUCUAUACAGGCCAUGUGGUCUGCAUUACAAGCCUUGUACAGGGCCUGUGACUUGGCUAGAGCGCACAACUACUUCAUUGGAGGCCUUCAUAUGACGUGGAUAGGCUACUACCAAAGCAGCAUCUCCUCACCUUACUACUGCCUCAAGGAAUGGGAGUACUUACCAGACAUGAUAUCACCACAGAGUGAUGAGAUAAACUACCUCUACAACAGAGAUGGUCGGUACUGUCCUACAGAAGAUGAGCUGACCAGAAGAUUUAUAUUCGUCAAAUUAAAAGAAGUUAUGAUCCAAUGUGACCUUGAAGCCGUUACCUCAAGAAUGGUCAGGAGUAGUCUGGAGAGAGAGAUAGGCAAAGACUUAAAGGAGUACAAGCAAUUCAUCGAUAAACAGAUCCUUCUUAUCUAUGGCCAACUAGACUCUGCUACAAAAAUAUUUGAUCAUAUAUACUUGGGUUCUGAGUGGAAUGCCACUGAUUUAGAUGAAUUAGAGGAACAUGGAGUUGGUUAUAUCUUGAACAUCACCAAAGAAUGCGACAACUUCUUCCCGGAGCGUUUCCAGUAUUACAAUGUGCGCCUGUUUGAUGACGUGGAAGAAAACCUCUUGAAUCACUGGAAUGCCACCUACAAAUUUCUCUCUAAAGCCAAAGAGGCAGGCUCAAAAGCUUUGGUUCACUGUAAGAUGGGUAUCAGUCGAUCUGCUUCAACGGUGAUAGCGUAUGCCAUGAAGGAGUAUGGGAUGACGUUGGAAGAUGCUCUGGCCUUUGUCAAAGCCAAGCGACCUAUUAUCAGACCCAAUGAAGCCUUCAUGAAGCAGCUACAGGUCUAUGAAGGUAUCCUAGAAGCAAGCCGUCAGAGACACAGAAUGUUUCGGUGUAAAUCGGAAAGUUCUCUUAGCCGUAGUGAAUCCGCUGAGUGCCUGACAAGUGGCAAGCCUCAAGACUCUGGCUCUACUGAAGAUCUCGCACCCCGUGGUAUACCCAGAAACAAGUCCUUCUCUGUCAAAGAGAGAAAGAAAAAGAUAGAGGAGCUGGACUCUCCCGAGGGGGCAGUCGGAGGAGGUCCUUCAUUUUUCAUUGGACCUGAUCCUACUCAUCUCGGAGCAGGCAAAUAUGUGAUGGGCACCAGUGAGCCACGCUCCAAGGGUGCUGUUGGUGAGGACAACGGCGACAGCGAUUGUGACGACAUCCAGGUCUUGGUCCCCCGGACGGUCAGACCAAGUUCCAUUGUGAAACUGCAGAAGGAAGGGGCACUAGCCUCAGGAACUGUCCCUUUUGUUGUUGCAACUGAACCCGAAGUGAUGCCAUUGACAGUACUUCCUUCCAACGAGCCACCAGUUAGUAGUGAGGUGGUCGACACGGUGGAAGGCUCCAGCAUGGAAGAUACUAUGCUGAAUACCAACAACAACAGCGCAAAUGAACUUUCAUUAGACGGAUCCGAGGAGGAAACGUACCAGAAGAUAUGUGUGAAGUCUAAGAUUACCGAGAUUGAGAGUAGCGUGAUGGGUGCAGUGGAUUCAACAAAGGAAGGUGAGGAUCUAGAGGAAAGUGAUGUAGGAGCCUAUAAAAGGGAGUCCAUUCCUUGGAAUCCUGGAACAGUACUACGGCAGAAACAGGAGUUGGAGGAGAAGAUGAGGGACGGGAGUCCGACAUCGUCUGUGUCAAUGAAGUUUGAUUGCGAGGUAGAGGAAGAAAGUGAAGAAGAGAAAUCGGACAUUCAAGUUGUUUCAAUUGUUGAUGAGCUGGCCUCAUCUGCGGCAGGAAGCAUGCAAGGUUGCUCUACGGCUUCACCAGAAACAAAACAUGAAGUCAGAAAUAUAAAUAGGACUGAUAAUGGACAGUGUGAAAAGCUACAAGAUUGUAGCGUGGACAAUGCAGAAAAUUCCUCAGCACCUAUGGAUAUAGCUGAAGCAACAGGCAACCAUAGAUCGUCUGUCUACACCACUUCUGGUGAAGAGAUCCAGCUUUCGAUGGGCUUGGUGGAGCGACAUAAGAGAGAAUUUGAGCAGAAGAAAGCAGCAGAGGUACUCCAGCAGGAUACUGAGACCGAUGCUGCAGUGGACAGUGCAACGGCUUCUCCCAGCCGUGAUAGGAGCAGUCCUAGAGUGUGUGAUUCCAUGCUGGAAGAAGGAAUGGAGGUUGAUGAAGGAGGUUGCAUCUCAACAGCCUAUCCAGACGAAGGAAGUCGCUGGAAGGUUGGAGAUGUCAGAAGGCACACUAUGGAACUUGAAGAGAGAAUGGAGCUGGCAUCUUCGCCCAGUCCCACCAAGAAAUCGGCAUUCCGGCUUGAUCGCGAUGGAGAUGAUCAAUCGGGGCUGACCAAGGAGGAGUUGAAAAAUAUCCAAGAGAUGGACAUUCCUGUGAGAUCGUCUAGUCCUGUAGGUGCAGCCCUAGAGAAGAAAGAGGAAUCAGAAGGUAUGAUGGGCGUUGCUGAACAAGUCCAUAAGUUAGAACUCAAAAGAUGUCGUUCCAUAGCAAAGAUGUCCGAUGAGAAAGUCAAAGCUCUGAGAUCAUCUAUUGGAGUGACUGAUGAGAAAAAGCCUGUCGCCAAACCUAGCUCGUCCAUAGAAGCUGCAUGCAAGUCAGUGGAAGACGGACCUCUAGUUGAACUGAAACCAGACAUGGUUAGACUCUUUACCAGUCACUUAGGAGAAGGGGCUGCACUAGACCAAAAAGCCAAGGAAGAGAGGAAAACGCGCAAGAGUGAAUCGGACAAGGAAUCUACAAGCUCCUCACAAUCGAAGGUCAAAUCGCAGCAUGGCCCCUCCCAUCCGUUGAACAAGCUUGCACGAGGGGGUGCAGGAGGGCGGGGCACUAGUGGACGAGGGAAAUUUUAUAGUACCAUGUGAUAUCAUUGUCUUCCAUCCGUUGAUCAAAAGUGCUCUGUUAAAGUGUGUGUCUUACUGUGUACAUGUAGCUCUUUCGUGUAGAUUCCUUUUGAUCAGCUUUAUACUGUAAAAAUCAAUGUGUGAACACAUUGAAGCUUUUUAUUCUGGAAAUGUAGCAGAAAUAAGGUGGCAUGAAUUGGGUGGAGUCAUGCACAAUGUUUGUGAAUGCUAGGAGAUCAAUUAUGAAUUAGUUUCUGUCUUUCUGCCAUUUUCUCUUCUUUUCAUACUUUUAGGAUGCAAACCAAGCUUAAGAUAAGCAUCAAUACACUCAAUAUUUUAAGAAACCAAGUUUUGAAUUUUCGUCCAUUCAUCAAAGUAAUAAUUCGGAUUUGAUUUUAUCAUUCAUGACUCCUGCAGACAGGCAGUCUCCCUUAAAAACAGAUUCUCACCAAUAUGGUUUCACAAUUGUAAUAAUGUUUGAUUCUUUUAAAGCACAUGACACAAGAUUGUCCUUAUCACUUAAGAGAAAAUACGUUUGGCUUAUUGGCUUAACAGAUUGUUAGACUUAACUUUUGUGAAGCACCCUCAAUUUUCCUUGGAUCUCCUACGUCUCAACACAAUACACCAAAGAGUACCAACAUUAUGCAUUACCCUGUUAUCAACAUUGUUUCUUCAUUGAUCAUAACAUGUGAUGGUGUCUUGUGAAGAUCACUGUUAUUUAUUUAACAAGAACGUGUGAUGGUGUUUUAUGAAGAGAACUUCUCGUGGGAAAUUUUAGAGGUUUUAGUCAUACAUAUUGUGUAUGAAUCAGACCCUGGAUCUUGUUGUUGUCCUCUUUUUCGUCAUCUACAUUUUCUUUCUCAUCUUCCUCCUCUCCCUUCUUCUGUUGCUUAUUCUUCACGUUGCUCUCUCCUCUUCUUUCCUUAAAUUGUACUCUAACUUUUUAUUCUUCUUAAUCUCAACCUUUCUUUCUUCUCUUCUUCCUUUCAUUCAUUGUAUUUAAAUUUUAACUUCUUUUUUUUCUUGUCAAGGUGCUUCAAAUUUAUCUGAAUGUCUAAAUCUUCCCUCUUUUAUAGCUGCUUUCUGUAACAUGUAAAUCCUUUUAACUGAAAUUUAUAGAAACUUGAAUGAAAUAUUAGUUGUGUUAGAUGUUAGUUGGCUUUCUUCAGACUUUUCUCUUGAACUCUGUCACAUAGAUUAUGUGAAACAAAAAAAAUACGCAUUUUGAGAGGGUCAUGUGAGAAUUCUAUGAUAGCAUAGAUCUUGUAGAUUUGGGAUUUAAUUGUUAAUCUUGGAAUCCAUAGGCAUUUAGGAGAUAUCCACUGCUUAGGACAAGAUAAUUGAAAAUUAGGAAGAAUGAAAAUGUUUGUAUUUUUUUCUAUGAUGUAUUGGAAAGUGAGAUUUUGACAAGAGAUUCAGUUUGAUCUAAUGCAAAAAGAUUUAAAUGUUGAAUGAUUGCUUAUUAUGCUUUUCAUGUAAGCCUGAGCUAGAGUACCAUUGAUAUUUCAUUUUCUGAUUUAGCUUUUUGUUUAAGGUUCGAGUGUAAAUGAUGCAUCUGUCCAUGUCGGUGUAAUGCUUUUGUCAAGUGAAUUUGAUAUUUUCUAUUAUCAUUUUACAUUAAUCAAAAGCAGGAAUUAGACCCAUUGACAUUCAUAUUACUACAUAUUUUAAUAACGUAGGGAUAGAAUUUUGACAAAUGAUAAGAAUAUUUAUCAUCUUAAUCUAGUACAUGUUUUGUUAUUUGUGUGUUUUUAAUGAAUAAUACAUAACAAUUUAUAGCAAUAAUCUAAUAUUAAUGACAUUUACUAUAUUUAAAAAAAAGAUGAUGCAUGUUCUUUAUAAAACUGAAUUGACCAUAUAUAUUGUAAUGCAACUCAUUUUAAUAAUCCUGAUCUUCUUAAACACUUCAGAUCUAGAUAAAACAAGAUAGUCAAGAAUAAAUGAUGAUAAGAGACCAAUGUUUUUUCUAGUCUUGGACCAAAAAGCUGAUGUUAUACCCAAUUAAGUACUUUCCAUCUUCAUAUUUUCAUGCCAUGUAUUAAUUGAAUAACUCUUGAAUCUUUCUUUCAUUUCUGCAUCCUUUAUGAACAUAUUUCGUAAGAUGUUACUUUCAAGUGCAAACCUCUGUCCAAUGAAUAAGUUUAUUGUCAAAAUAGCUAAAAACUUGCCUCCAUUUUAAUUUUAAAUUUUCAAUAUAAAAUAGAUCAGGUUUAAUGGGAAAUUUAUGAAAACUUUAAGUAUUAACCUAUGGGGGGUAUUAUUACUUUUGGAAAUCUGUUUUCCUAUCAAAAUUUGGUUUCUUGCAAGAUACAAAUCUAAUGGACAACCCCCUUCUCUCUCUCCUCCCCCCUUUUCACUUUGCUGGUCACCCCUAGGGCAGCAUUUCAUGAAACAAAUGGUGAUUUUCAUUGACUGUUGUUAUAAGCUACUGAAUCUUUGCAUCUGAUUGGCUCAGAACAAGCUAGUCAGUCAAAAGGACUUUUUCUUUCAUGACACGUUCCUCAGAUAUGUGUCAUUUUUCAAUUUUCACCCUCCUUGCAAUGUUUCAAAGACUGAUAUUCAUGAUACCGUUUCUAUAUUCAUAUGUUCUCUUUUCUAUAAAAUCUUGCCAAAUAUAAAACAUACUUCAAUUUUUGCUUCCUUAUAUUAUAUAUAAACCCCCUUCUCGUAACAGUUUUUAUGAUUGUAUUUAUUAGCUAUUUUAUAAAAAAAGAAAAAUCUUAUGUUAUAUGUUUCAUUAUGAAUAUACACGUUUAUGUCAAGAUUACAUAUUGAUAUGUUCCAUUUAUUGGUCGUGGUUGUAUAUAUACAUCAUUGAAAGACAGCCAUAUGCUAUUGUACAUAGAUAGAUUUUGUUUAUUUUGUUACUGUAUCAUAUAUGUUGUAUAUAUUUAUAAUGUCCAUUAUAAAAUCUGUAUAAUUUUAUCCGACUGAUAUUUGUUUUCUUUUUUUAUUUGUAUCAUCAUUUUGCCCCCACCCAAGACACUUGUUUUGAAUUUCAAUGUGAUAAUUAGAUCAUUUCACAAUAUAAAAUAUUUGUUUAAAUGCAAAAUGCAUUUUUGUGUAUUGCUGAAUACGAGGGAUACCAUACAUCAGUUAAAAAUACAUGGAUGUAUAUUUAAGCAUAACAAAUAUGUACUGGUAGUUCAUGCAUUCCAAACAUUUGCAAGUUGGAUUCUUCUUAUUAAAAUACAUGUACUUCUUUUUCUUUUUGAUGGUGAUUUCUGAUUGUCCAAGGUGUAUUUUUAAGGAGGAUGGUGAUACAGGAUAGGAGUUAGUGUUGCCACAGGUGUUUUUUUUUCCUGAGUGAUGCGAGUAGUUGGAUAAGGGUUUGGGAUGCAGAAAUGUUUGAGAUAAGUGUUUAUAUUUGGCUUAACGCACAGAAUAUCCACAGUCCUGAGCAAAUGUCAUUGGAAUAAAUGAAUCCUGAAAUUAGCAGGGGACAUUUAAAUAUCUGUCAUCAUUUUGGCAUUGCUCUAAAUAUGCCUUGUAGGCUGGUGCAUUUCUUUACCAAG